GUCGGUGCGCGGAGCCGGCGCCCCCUCGGUCCUGGCAAAGGUGUCGCUGCAGCCGGACGCGGAGGCCCCGGCGCUGCCAUGCGGGUCCCGAGCCCCAGCCGGAGCCGCAGCUCGAGCCCCGGCGCGGCGCGGCUACCCCGACGGAGGCGGCGGGCGCGGGGCGCGCUCUGAGACGCGGGGGAUGCGCGGCCGCCUCGACCAUGGGCGUCGCCGCCUCCCGGAGGAGGGCGCUGAGGAGCGAGGCCAUGUCCUCGGUGGCGGCCAAAGUGCGAGCAGCCCGAGCGUUUGGCGAGUACCUGUCCCAGAGUCACCCUGAGAACCGGAAUGGUGCAGACCACCUGCUAGCUGAUGCCUACUCUGGCCACGACGGGUCCCCCGAAAUGCAGCCAGCCCCCCAGAACAAACGCCGCCUCUCCAUCGUCUCCAAUGGCCGUUAUGAGGGCAGCCUCUCGGAGGAGGUUGUCAGUGGAAAGCCAGCCGGUGAGGGCCCCCAGCCCCGUGUGUAUACCAUCUCCGGGGAGCCAGCACUGCUGCCUGGCCCCGAGGCCGAGGCCAUUGAGCUGGCUGUGGUGAAGGGGCGGCGGCAGCAGGAGCGGCACCCCCACCACCACAGCCAGUCACUGCGUGCCAGCCCAGGCUGCAGCCAUGAAGACGUCAGCAGGCCUUGCCAAAGCUGGGCAGGCAGCCGCCAGGGCUCCAAGGAAUGUCCUGGAUGCGCCCAGCUGGCCCCUGGCCCCAGCCCCUCCCCUCGGGCCUUUGGGCUGGACCAGCCACCUCUGCCUGAAGCCACCAGCCGCCGCAAAAAGCUGGAGAGGAUGUACAGUGUCGACCGUAUGUCUGAUGAUACCCCCAUUCGUACCUGGUUCCCCAAGGAAAACCUCUUCAGCUUUCAGACAGCAACCACAACUAUGCAAGCUGCUGACUCGUGGUGGUUUCCCAGGGUGUUCAGGGGCUACGCGGAGAGGAAGCGCCGGAAACGGGAGAAUGAUUCCGCGUCUGUAAUCCAGAGGAACUUCCGCAAACACCUACGCAUGGUCGGAAGCCGGCGUGUGAAGGCCCAGACGUUCGCUGAGCGGCGAGAGCGAAGCUUCAGCAGGUCCUGGAGUGACCCCACCCCCAUGAAAGCUGACACCUCCCACGACUCCCGAGACAGUAGUGACCUGCAGAGCUCGCACUGCACUCUGGGUGAAGCCUUCGAGGACCUGGACUGGGAGACAGAGAAAGGCCUGGAAGCUGUGGUCUGUGACUCUGAGGGCUUCAUGCCACCCAAAGUCAUGCUCAUCUCGUCCAAGGUGCCCAAAGCCGAGUACAUCCCCACCAUCAUCCGCAGGGACGACCCCUCCAUCAUUCCCAUUCUCUAUGACCACGAACACGCAACCUUCGAGGACAUCCUGGAGGAGAUAGAGAAGAAACUCAACAUCUACCACAAGGGGGCCAAGAUCUGGAAGAUGCUCAUUUUCUGUCAGGGAGGCCCAGGACACCUGUAUCUGCUCAAGAACAAGGUGGCCACCUUUGCCAAAGUGGAAAAGGAAGAGGACAUGAUCCACUUCUGGAAGCGGUUGAGCCGCUUGAUGAGCAAAGUGAAUCCAGAGCCGAAUGUCAUCCACAUCAUGGGCUGCUACAUUCUGGGGAACCCCAACGGGGAGAAGUUGUUCCAGAACCUCAGGACCCUCAUGACCCCUUAUAGAGUCACCUUUGAAUCCCCCCUGGAGCUGUCAGCCCAAGGGAAGCAGAUGAUCGAGACCUACUUUGACUUCCGGCUGUACCGCCUGUGGAAGAGCCGCCAGCACUCCAAGCUGCUGGACUUUGAGGACGUCCUGUGAGGGCCAGGGCUGUGCCCACCGCUUCCUCGGACUUGCCCCCUGGGGCAGAUCCAUGGCCUGCUGCCCAUCACACGGGUUCUGGUCUUCAUGGCCACUUCAGGGCACCCUCAGACGUCACUCAGGUUCCUUUCCUGGGGUCUGGG